UUCACUCGCACAUUUGCCUUCAGCGAGUAAAGAGGAGCUCGUGUCACUGCUCGUGUUUUUUCUUUUAUUCCAGAGACGCUGCUGCUGGUUAUUUUUCUCCCUCUUGUUCCUUUUGUGGAAUGAGGCAGGUUUUGUGUCGUUUCAAUGUCAGCGCCAUGAAGAAACGCGGAGUAAAGCAUCCAAAGUGGCACUAGGGUAGUAGCCUCCCGCUCUCUGUCUCUCUCCCUCCAUCACACACAGGCGCUGUUUGGAAAACGAGCAGCGAUGGCCAAGUGGCUGAAAGACUACCUGAGCUUUGGCAGCAGGAAGGUGCCUCCACAGCCGCCCACACCAGACUACUCUGAGAGUGAGAUCCUCAAAGCGUACCGGCUCCAGAGGGACCUGGAUUUCGAGGAUCCCUAUGAGGAAUCAGAGAGCAGGCCCAGGGGCGAGUCCGGGCCGUCUGACCCUGCCACGCCGGUGUACGGGUCACCCAUGAAGUCGUCCAGCGUGGACGUGAAGUCCCCCAAGCACAGACUGAUCAAAGUGGACUCCCAGGAGCUUGGGCGCACCAAGAUCCUCCUCAGUGCCGUCUCUUUAGAGGACCAGCAAGAGCCUGUGGUGCCCUCUGCUCCGCUGGCAGGGGACACGGACUAUUCUGAUCCUUUCGACGCUCGGUUGGAUCACCGGCUGGAGCCAGACCUCAGACCUGUUCCCUGCGAGAACAACGGCUACAUGGAACCGUACGAAGCCCAGAGGGUUAUUACAGAGCUGCAGCGUGGCCCGGGAGGAGGACGGGUGCGUGGCGGGGUGCAGCUCUACGACACUCCCUAUGACGACGAGCGAGGACAGCGACUGGGCCUUGUGUACGGAGAAGCUCAGGAUGAGGGCAAGGAGAACAGCAGGCUGCCGCAGGAUGACGAGAGGCCGGCUGACGAGUACGACCAACCCUGGGAGUGGAAGAAGGACCACAUCUCCAAAGCUUUCGCAGAAAUGAGGGAGUUGUCGGACUUGCCCUGGCCUGCCCCGGUGGGUCAGCUGGAGGAGGAGCCCCCCGUCAGAGAGCAAGUGCAGUUUGACGGCGCAGACUGGGACCGCUCCUCAUCGCCCACAGAACGGUUGCGUCCUCCGAGGUCGAGCCCGCUGGCAGGAGGGGGGUUGAAGUUCCGAAUGCCACAGGAAGGCCUGACAAUGGUGGGGGAGAGAGUGGACGCCACUGUUCCCCUGGAAAAGCAGGUAUGGUACCACGGAUCACUGUCUCGUUCUGAGGCAGAGUCGCUGCUAACGCUGUGUAAAGAGUGUAGCUACCUGGUGAGGAACAGUCAAGCCACCCGCUCUGACUUCUCCCUGUCCCUACGGAGCUGCCAAGGUUUCAUGCACAUGAAGUUCACACAGUGUAAAGACGGCAAGUACGUGCUGGGUCAGAACAGCCCUCCAUUUGACACCAUCCCAGAGGUGAUACACUUCUACACCACGCACAAACUCCCCGUCCGGGGUGCCGAGCACUUGUCCCUGCUGUUCCCCGUGCUGGUGCAGACACUCUGACUGACGCCGCCCGCUCCCUCUGGACCUCCAGGAUUUCAUUGAGUUCAGACAAUUAAAAACUUGAAUGUUUGACGGGGUCCUUCCCAGCGGAGUGCCAUCAACAGUAGUCCUGUGUUGGACCGGACUACUUUUGAUGAAUCCACACACUACAGAGCUAAUGCCUUCACCCACCACUGCUGUUGUACAGGUGCCAAGUGUGUCUAAAUAUCGGGGAGGAUUGAUUCACAUGAAAUACCUGAACUUUAUGCCACCUUUGUUGUAACUUCUCACCAUCAUAUCAUUUUGCUAAAUCAAGGGGUUGUAAUGUCAGGACAUCUGAAAUUGUCUCUUUCUUUAUUACAUGUCUCUUACCACUGUCUGAAAUGGGAGAAAGUCUGCAUAUUCUUAACCUCCCCAAAAUCGCACUUCAUUGACACUGGUAAAAUAUUGCUGUUGUCAGGUGAAAACCUUGCAAGUUCUUUUUUACUUAUUUUUCAUGUUUUUACCAGAAUCAAUAAAUUGAAUUGUACUGAAUAGGGCGCGAAACGUUUGUCAACCUCGGGGCUCAGAAACCCUGAUUGUAAAUUUAAAAAAGAUAAUGAUAAAAAAAACUCCUAUUUUUGAAAAAAAAAAAAAAGGUUUUUACCAACAACAGUGAUGUUUUAAAUGCUUUUCUACACAAAGCCACACAUUUAAUUUUCAUUCAGUCUGUUCUGUGCUGUCAUGCUGCUGCUGUAUGUUGAUGAUUUGCUUGACACGUCUCCAUGUUACUUGUUGAUUGUUCACUGUAAGCAACAGAGAGGCUGUGUUGUAUUGGUAUUGGUGCUGACCUUGCUGACCUGUAUCUCUUCUUUGGUUGCCUACGUUGCAUUAGGUAGACAAUGCUGGGUUUGUUAAAAAAAAAGAAUGAAAGAAAAAAAACAACAA